AUGGGAUGUCGUGUUUCUGCUAAAGCCCAUCCGGAAGGUGCUGUUGAGGAAGCGGUUAAUGUCCCAUGCGCACUGAAGAUUUUGAAUAAGGUGAAAGUCGCUACUAAGAAUGGAUCGGUGGAGAGUGCUGCGGAAGCGAUAAGACAUGAAGCGGAGAUUUUGGGCCAAUUGGAAUUCCCUUUUAUAGUUGGAGUUUUGAAGGUCUUUCAGGACCCUCGGAGAGUCUUCGUCCUUAUGGAAUUCUGUACAGGUGGUGAAUUGUAUAAAGUUAUUCAUUCGAGAGAUAGAGUACCAAAACACAUCGCCCAGUUCUGGAUAGGCGAACUCGUAUUGACGUUGGAGCAUCUGAAUAAGUACCAUAUAGUUUAUAGAGACCUCAAACCAGAGAAUUGCAUGUUGGAUCAGGAGGGGCAUAUCAAAAUGGUUGAUUUUGGUAUGGCGAAACGACUUGAUCCGAAGAGGAAAUUCCGGACGCGCACAAACUGCGGCACGUUGAUAUACCAACCACCGGAAAUGCUCUUGAAUAGAUCUUAUAGUAUCGAACCGGAUUGGUGGUCUCUUGGAGUGAUGAUUUUCGAACUGUUCACGUUGAGAUUUCCCUGGGAUUGGAGUAGAGACCACCAUGAUGAGUUCAACAUCCAGCAGGCUAUUCUGGCUGUGAACAUCCGGUGGGGAAGGAGUGGACGAGGGAUUGAUAGAGCGACGAAGAGUUUGAUUAAAAGGCUGCUCGUAUAUAAUCCGAAGAAACGCAUUGCAGGACUUAUCGCUAAGGUUAAAGACCAUAAAUUUUUCAAAGGCCUUGAGUGGAAUCUCCUCCUUAACAAACAAAUACCAGUGCCAUAUGUCCCCGGUUCGAUCCCCGGGUAG